UUCCAGCGAGCACUAAUGAUAAGGCAGCUGAGUUUAGUUAGCUAGCCUUGCUGAGGGUUAUUAUUGUUACAAACAUAAAUAAUUUUAUUUCAGAUUUAUUCAGAACUCAACACUAAUAUAAUGUCAGUCAGAGAUGCUCACUUUAAAAAUGCAUUUCUAACUCAAUUACCAAGUCCAGAUAAAAGUUGCUGAUAGAAAGUAAUUUUCUUUUAAAAUAAACAUUAGUAAUAAUAAACCCAACAUGCAUUUCAAUAUAACUGAUUCAGGUGUGUGAGUGAGACUGUAAUGGUUAGGUUUGUGACAGAUCCAAGACAAUCUCUCGUGUGAAUCUCAAACUGUUCAGACUUUAACCGUAGAAAGUUUUCCCCUUAAAUCAUAAUUUAAUCAUUUACAUACUUUUAUGUAAAUGAACAUUAAACAAUAAACACAGUAUAUAAAUCAAUAUUGCAGUGCAUUGGUCAGAACGAGCACGUUAAUAUACGCCUGCGCUAGUGUCAGAGAUGCUGUUAUAGAGUACUAGAAGUUACCCAUGGCUCCGCCCACGUACACAACACCUGACCCACCCACCCUGUCAUAUUUGCCGUAGACGCUCUGCAGUCUGAUCCAGGGUUUUGGUAGCUACAGUAUGAGAUUGGCCUGCCGAACCCGUUUUUGCUGUGAGGUUACCUGUGGCUCCAUCCGUGUGCACAUCCUGAUUACCUGCAGAUGGAGUGUGUGUGUGUGUUUCUAACAGGGGACAGGGCCAGGGGUAGCUCAGUGGUUAAGGCAUUGGACUACAGUUCGGAAGAUCCCAGGUUCAAACCCCACAACCACCAAGUUGCCACUGUUGGGCCCUUGAGCAAGGCCCUUAACCCUCAACUGCUUAGAUGUGUAAUGAGAUAAAAAUAUCUCCAUAAUGGAAUCAGAAGAUGUUAAAAAGAGCUGUUUCCGAAAAAUGCCACAAGCUCCGCCUCCUGCUGGCUCACAGCUUUCUGAAGAUGUGCAGAAGUGUGCAUAUUCUGGUGAAGAGGCUUUAGGCUCUGGAUGUGUCACCAUCAUUGUGGAUCAACAGAAGGUUGUAAAGAAGGAAGAACCUGAAGAUGAUGGCUAUCUGUAUGGAAAUGGAGAAAGAUCUGAGACAAAUGUCAGUCCUAUUGAGCAAUCAGAUGAAUCCAUGAGGACUGUAAAAGAAGAAGAAGCUGGAGAAGAUGACUACCUCUGUGAAGGAACACCAUAUGUGAGGCAGGUCAUCAUUGGGGACGAAGAUGAUGAAGCAGUUCAUAAUGUAAAAGAGGAGGGACCGGAAGAUGAUGAUUAUCUCCACUGUGAAGAUUGCAGAUCCUUCUUUAUCAGUGAGUGUGAAGUUCAUGGCCCAGCUCUCUUUAUCCAAGAUACCCCAGUUCCUAUGGGGGUCAUCGACCGAGCCAAACAAACCCUUCCACUCAGUCUGGAGAUUCUGAAGUCUAGCAUUUCUGACACUGACCUGGGUGUGUUUAAUAAGGGAGAGACUGUGGCACUUGGUGCGCACUUUGGGCCGUACCAGGGAGAUUGGGUAGACCGAAAAGAAGCUAUGAACAGUGUCUACUCUUGGGUGAUAUACAGGAGCAUGCAGGAUGAGAAAUACAUAGAUGCCAAAAGAGAGACGCAUGCUAACUGGAUGAGAUAUGUGAAUUGUGCUCGUAACAGUGAGGAGAAGAAUCUCAUUGCAUUUCAGUAUCAAGGAGAGAUUUUCUACCGCUGUUGUCAAUCUAUUGAACCAGGGCAGGAGCUCUUGGUGUGGUACGAAGAGGAGUAUGCCAAACAUCUUGGCAUUACCUUUGAUUACUUAUGGAACAAAAAGUCUACAAAUAGUAGUAAAAUGAAGAGCAUUCCAUUACAAGUUUUCCCCUGUUCAUUGUGUUCAUUUUCCUACACAUCUCAAAUUUACCUUCACAAACACAUCAAAAGAUGCCAUUAUGAAGAAUAUGUGAGACUCCUAAAAUGUGGCAUGAUUAAAUAUAAUAAUCAGAUGUCCACAAAUGGCUCCAGCAGUCAGCAAAUGUCCUCUGGUAACCUCUGCCCUAAAACUGGACAAAUACAGAAAAAACCCUUUCACUGCUCAGACUGUGGGAAGAGUUUUACUCAGCCGAGUUAUCUCCUCCAACAUCAGCGUAUUCAUACUAGAGAGAGGCCAUAUCACUGUUCAGAGUGUGGGAAGAGUUUUACAAGACCUGUUAAUCUCCAAAUCCAUCAGCGCAUUCACACAGGAGAGAAACUGUAUCACUGCUCGCAGUGUGGAAAAGAUUUCACCCGAUUAACUCAUUUCCAGUUACACCAGCACAUGCACACAGGGGAGAAGCCGUAUCAGUGCUCUGAGUGCGGCAAGAGUUUUACUCGCCCGGGUAAUCUCCAGCUACACAUGCGCAUUCACACAGGGGAGAAGCCAUAUUACUGUAUACACUGUGGAAAGAGUUUUACACAACAGACGAGUUUCCAACUUCACCAGCGCAUUCACACAGGAGAAAAGCCGUUUUACUGCUCGCAGUGCGAGAAGAGCUUUACUCGGCUGAGUACUCUCCAAAGACAUCAGCUCGUUCACACAGGAGAGAAACCAUAUCAGUGCUCAGAGUGUGGGAAAAGUUUUACACAACAGAUCAAUCUUCAACUUCACCAGCGUCUUCACACAGGAGAGAAGCCGUGUCACUGCACACAGUGCGGGAAGAGUUUUACUCGUUUGAGUACUCUCCAAAGACACCAGCGCGUUCACACGGGGGAGAAGCUGUAUCACUGCUCAGUGUGUGGAAAGUGUUUUACACAACAGGUUAAUCUCCGAUUUCACCAGCGUGUUCACACGGGAGAAAAACCAUUUCAUUGCUCAGAGUGUCAGAGGUCUUUUACUCACUUGAGUACUCUCCAGAGACACCAGCGCAUUCACACAGGAGAGAAACCGUAUCAGUGCUCACAGUGUGGGAAGAGUUUUACUCACUUGAGUACUCUCCAGAGACACCAGCUUAUCCACACAGGAGAGAAACCCUAUCAUUGCAUACAGUGCGGAAAAAGUUUUACUCAGCUGAGUACUCUCCAGAAACACCAGCAAAUUCAUACAAAAGAAAAAGCACACUACAGCUCGUAGUGUAGGAAGACUUACAAAAAAUCUUAAGCUGUAAACAUUU